CAAAUGCGAGCGUGUCAGCAGAGCUUGAGUAGAGAAGGUGGCAGGAACUCGGGUUGGAGAGGCUUAGUACUUUCAACAGGCACAGACAACCUUUCAGCAGGACCAAAUUUCAGCAGCAGCAGCAGCAGCAGCAGCGUUUCUUAAAAGAAACACACAAUGGCUGAGAUAGCGAUAGAGGAUGGAAAAGCUUCAAAUGGCGAUGCACACCUUCAGGAGCCACUGGCCAACGGACAGCCCGGUGGCCAGCCGAGCAAAUCACCAGAAACAACCGCGGAAAAGUUAAAAAGAAUAGCCUUAGCCAACCUGUUGGUUAUUCUAACAGUAGCUGGUGUUAUCGUUGGAGUGAUGAUUGGGCUUGGUGUGCGUUCAGCGGGACUCAGCAAAAUACAGAUCAUCUAUUUCGGCUUCCCCGGCGAGCUUCUGAUCCGUCUCCUGAAAAUGAUCAUCAUUCCGCUGGUCGUUUGCAGUCUCGUCUCAGGGGCCGCCAGCAUUGAUCCCAAAGCCCUGGGCAAGCUGGGUGGCUGGGCGAUGCUCUUCUUCCUAGUGACCACCUUGAUCGCAUCAACCAUCGGGGUGAUCAUGGCAUUUCUGAUCAAACCCGGAGUAGUGACCGGGGCUAAACCCAUCAUCGCUGGUUUAGACAAUUCGACGGUCCAGGCGAAGGAGGUGAUCGACUCCUUUUUAGACUUGGUCAGAAACAUCUUCCCAAGCAAUUUGGUGGCUGCCGCAUUCCAGUCGUAUGCCACUCAUUACAAACUCAAGGAGGUGGUGGUGAACGGAACGUCCAACUUCUCCGUGGAGAAGAUCCCCUACGGUAAGGACGUGGAUGGCAUGAACAUCCUGGGCCUGGUGGUGUUUGCCAUUGUGUUCGGUAUCGCGCUGAGGAAGCUGGGAGAGGAGGGGGAGAUCCUCAUCCGCUUCUUCAACUCCUUCAACGAGGCCACCAUGGUGCUCGUCUCCUGGAUCAUGUGGUACGCUCCUCUGGGUAUCAUGUUCCUGGUGGCGGAGAAGAUCGUGGAGAUGGAGGACGUGGGCGUACUGUUCGCCAGCCUGGGCAAGUACAUCGCCGCCUGCAUGCUCGGCCACUUCAUCCACGGCGCCGUGGUGCUGCCGCUCAUCUACUUCGUCAUCACGCGCAAGAACCCCUACAGCUUCCUGCUGGGCAUCGUCACGGCGCUCGCCACCGCCUUCGGAACCUCCUCCAGUUCGGCCACGCUGCCUCUGAUGAUGCGCUGCGUGGAGGACAUGGGGGUGUCUAAGCACAUCAGCCGUUUCAUCCUGCCCAUCGGAGCCACGGUCAACAUGGACGGGGCCGCCUGCUUCCAGUGCGUGGCUGCAGUCUUCAUCGCCCAGCUCAACAACGUCUCGCUCAACUUCAUCCAGGUCAUCACCAUCCUAGUGACAGCCACAGCGUCCAGUGUUGGUGCAGCAGGCAUUCCAGCAGGUGGAGUCUUGACCCUGGCCAUCAUCCUUGAGGCAGUGAGCCUGCCCACUAAUGACAUCUCCCUCAUUCUGGCUGUCGAUUGGCUAGUUGACCGCACCUGUACUGUGUUGAAUGUGGAGGGCGAUGCGUUUGGAGCAGGGCUGCUGCAGUACUUCGUGGACCGCCAGGCAGACACAGAGGCUCAGACGGGCCAGCUGACGGAAGUGCGUCUCGACGACGACGGCCCCGCAAAGCCAGAGAAUUCGCCCCUCAUCGAGAAGCGCGGACUGCCCGCGGCGGAAAACCCCCCGGCCUACACCGCCAACACACAUGACAUGGAGUCCGUCAUGUAGAGGACCCAGGUCCUGCAUCGCCCCCUUCUGGAUGACAGUGGUCACACACCCACUCCACAUCCUGAAAGCCAACCAAAGUGAACCGUGCACCACUUUUCCCAUCACAUGCCAUCUCCCAGACUGAGGUGCUGUAAAGAGGUUGGCCAUUGAUCUCUUGCCCCCCCCCAACCCCCCCGAACUAUAAUCAUGGACUGCUGUAUAUUUAAAUGUUUAAACAUGCAGCACAUGUUCAUCUCUGCGUCUCCUCAGCUCUGUGUCUCCUCUCUAGAAGAGGGAGGAGUCACAAAAUGAACAGAGCAGAUGUCCUUUAGAGAGUGAGGGGGAAAAAAGAAAGCAGACACUCUUUUAAUGUGAUGUAUUUAUUAAGUGGUCUGGAAAUAUGUCAUGUCUUUUAAUAUUUUUUUUUUAUUUUUUUUUUAUUUUUAUCUUAAGCGCUAGUCAUAUCAAAUUCAUGCGAAGCAUGUGUAACAUUAACGCCUCCAGCCUUUUAGAGGUAAAACUGCCGUUUCACCAGUCCUUACUUCUUUUUUUAAAGAAAAUUGUAUUUUGAGAUUUUCUUUUUAACAAUUCUGUUUUAUUGUUAUAUUUGAUAGUAUUCUCCUGUCCCACCAUGUCCUUCAGAUGAAGCCAUACUCGCUCGCACACUUACUGUACUGAAAGCACCAAGCCAAAGCCGAAUAUCUACAUGUCCCUGUGUUCGCUUCUCUGCAAUGCUCUGCAAGAGUCUCGGCUGCCAGGGCUCUGCACGACUCCUACAAGCCUACGACAACACUAGACCUCAUGCAAAAAUGAGGAUGUGGGAGAUUUUUUAAAGGUGUGUGUGUGUGUGUGUGUGUGUGUGCGCAGUCGGUGUGUUCCUUACCAGUGGGCAGUGCAGUCGGUGUGUUUCAUUUAGAAGCACAACCCUGUAUGAAGAGCUUUCACAGAUAAAAAAAAAAAUGAUGUCAUUACCUAGAUGAGCCUAUAGCCAUGUGUUACUGAACAUUUGAGAACUGUUUUGUGCGUCUCUUUCUCCAAUAGUAAGCACAACCCCGAUGCAACUUCCUGAAGGAUUUCCACACGGCCUUCUCGGCCUGUUUGUGUUACUCUAUGCACAAAAAGUAGCGGUAUGACUGACUUGUAUCAGUCUACAGAGAGAUGAUGUAUUAUGGUGAAAUUAUGUAGUGCGGAGGUGUGCAGCCAGCGGCUGUGUGUUGGGUGUAAAUUGUGGAAUGUCUGUGUUGUGAUUUCUGUUUCCCCCCUCCCCUUCUCGUUUUCCUCGCGUCGGCCUACUUCAAAUCAGUUCUUGGUUACCUGGAAUAUUUUCAUGGGCAUUUAAUUGAACCUUUGGAUUUUUGGCAGGUUGGCGUUUCAGGACAUGCAGUGUAAGGUCUGAGACCUACUUCAGACUAUUAGAUUGCAUCUUUUUUUCUUCCCUUCCCACUAAAAAGUGAAAUGCUUUAGCCUUGUGUACCAUAAGCAGUCUAGAACUGGCUAGAUACAGUCGGUCAAGCUUGUCCUCAUUGAUGUAGAAUUUCUGUGUACGAAUGUAAAUUCUAACCAAUUUUCCCGUUCGCAGUCUGUCUGAAGUCUUGUUAUGCACAGAAACCUAUGCAGUUUUUUAAAAAUAUAUAUUUAUCGGUUACAGCUUUUUAUACUUCCGAUUUGUUUUCCUCUUUUUCAUUUGCUUUUUUUGCUAAAUUCAUCUACUGUAGAUGAUUGUCGACAUAUCUCUUGAUAAGCUUACCAAAGCAGAAGAAAAGUCUUCUCGGAACUGCUUGGCCAUCCGUGCUGCUUCCUCUAACUUCUUCUAAGGUGGAGCGAAGAAGACUGUACCGGCUAUAUUUUAAUCAGAACCUUUGACUGGGAAGAUGAGCUGAUGUUUCUAGAGAGAUAGACAGACAGACCGUGAACAAGGUCAUUUUAGGCAGUUUUCAUGUAAGGGUGUCAUUUCCUCAAGGUAGAUAAUACCAUAGAUUAGGCAAAUGUGUCAUUACAAACAUUAUUGAUACCCAAAUGUGACCACUCGUACACAAACCAAAAUAUUAAAAUGCUGAUGCUGGGAAUCUUCUGCCGUUGACCCUAUGAAUUCCUCUGAGCUGAGCGGUCACCCUUAAUCAGUCCUCGACAGACCGUGUGUCGUGGUUUUCCAUCCACCAGAGGACCUUAGUUGUCACUCUUGCAACGUCUGUUUUAUUUCAGUUUCAUCUUGUUGUCCAUUAUCUGUAUGCAGCAGAAAUAAAUUAAGCGAGGGUGUUUAAUUUAAUUUUUUCUUUCAUUCCAUCUGAAGUUCUAUCACCUGAGGUUCCAUCAGAGUGUUACCAGCCCAGAAAGCAGCUCCGAGUCUGGGCCAGAGUCCGCUCUGACCCACAUCUGGCCCAGUGUGUCUCACUGAGUCUGCUGCUCUUUGGAGCCUGUGUGCUGAUGUGUAUGGUGUUGAUUUCAAUAUGUAUGGUAUGGUAUGGGCAGUGUGUUGGUAAUUAUGUAGUGAUUCCUAUCAUGUCGAGUCCUGAUGUGUCAAUCAUUGCCGGAUCCAAAAAAUGUCUGUUGGCGCUUUAGUACUCUCUGAAUGUAUUCCUCUCGGGCUGUAGAGUAAUAAAGAACACCUUUUUUUGAA